CACUGCCAAAGGCACUCUUCAUUCCAUUGAACAGAGCUUGACUCUUCUAUUCAACAUGGAGUCCACCCUUGCAUUCAACAGCGGUUCGAACAGUAUGAACCAAAGUUUUUCUUCUUCUGCCGAGUUCAAUUCCCCCGUCCCAGAAACUAUCCCAAAGUCAGAGGAAGAUACGUUUGUGUUUGCCACUCUUCUCACCAGUGCCUCAGCUCUCCCCAUGGCCCUCAAAUCAGCUUUGGAGCUCGACCUUCUUGAGAUAAUCGCCAAGGCUGGCCCUGGGGCGUUUGUCUCCACUUCUGAGAUUGCUGCUCAGAUCACCAAACGCAACCCAAAAGCCCCUGUCAUGCUGGACCGUAUCCUCCGCCUUCUUGCCACCUAUGAUGUGGUCAAGUGCUCUCUCCGCGACAGCCCUGAUGGAGGGGUUGAGAGGCUCUAUGGGCUCGGCCCUGUCUGCAAGUACUUGACUAGGAACGAAGAUGGGGUGUCUGUAGCCCCUCUUCUCCUCAUGAAUCAGGACAAGGUCCCCAUGGAGAGCUGGUACCAUUUGAAAGAUGCAGUUCUUGAUGGUAGAAUCCCCUUCAACAAAGCCUAUGGAUUGACUGCCUUUGAGUAUCAUGGCACAGAUCCUAGAUUCAACAAGGUAUUCAACAAUGGAGUGUCUGGUCAUCCCACCAUUACCAUGAAGAAAAUUCUUGAAGCCUACAAGGGUUUUGAGGGCCUCACCUCAAUUGUUGAUGUUGGUGGUGGGACUGGAGCCACCCUUAACAUGAUCAUAUCCAAAUACCCCACUAUUAAGGGCAUUAACUUUGACUUGCCUCAUGUUAUUGAUGAUGCCCCAUCUUAUCCUGGUGUGGAGCAUGUUGGGGGAGACAUGUUUGUGAGUGUCCCAAAGGGAGAUGCCAUCUUCAUGAAGUGGAUGUGCUAUGAGUGGGAUGAUGCUCAUUGCUUGAAGUUCUUAGAGAAUUGUUAUCAGGCACUUCCAGACAAUGGAAAGGUAAUUGUUGCUGAGUGCAUCCUUCCUGUGGUCCCAGACACCAGCCUAGCCACCAAGACUGCCGUCCAUAUUGACGUUAUUAUGUUGGCUUAUAACACUGGUGGAAAAGCGAGGACCGAGAAAGAGUUCGAAGCCUUGGCCAAGGGAGCUGGAUUCCAAGGCUUCAAGGUAGUGUGUUGUGCCUUCAACAGUUGGAUCAUGGAAUUUUGUAAAAGUGCUUGAGCCUCUAGCUUGGUAUCCAUUGCAAGUAGUUUGUGAGUAUCCUGAUUCUAUGCCGUGUCUUCUUUCAUAAGUGGCUUCAUACUGUGUAUGAAGUUGUUAUACAAUGAAAUCAGAAGCUAUUUUUGUCAUUUCUUAUAUCAAAUAAGAUUCUUCAUGUUGAUUAGUCAA